AUAAGAGGCGCAACAGCUGAUUUUGAUAGUUGCGUUCGUUUUGAGUUGAAUUUUAGUUAAUUUACGCCGGUUAUCACUGAAAUGGCCCCACCAAAGGCCGCCAGCCAGCGACAGGCGGUGCGGCGCAAGAAGUCCGGCACCCUGGUGGACUCCAUCCUGGACAAGUACCUCAAUGUGCGGUUCUUCAAGUACCUGGUGCUGGAGCCGGCCGCCCUGCCCAUAGUUGGGCUUUUCGUGCUCCUCGCGGAGGCGGUGAUCAACGUGGUGGUCAUCCAGAGGGUUCCCUACACGGAGAUCGACUGGGUGGCCUACAUGCAGGAGUGCGAGGGUUUCCUCAACGGCACCACCAACUACGCCCUGCUCCGCGGUGACACUGGACCUCUGGUUUAUCCCGCCGCCUUCGUUUACAUCUACUCGGCUCUCUACUAUGUGACCUCCCACGGAACGAAUGUCCGCCUGGCGCAGUACAUCUUCGCCGGGAUCUACCUGCUCCAGCUAGCCCUGGUGCUGCGGUUAUACGCGAAGAGCAGGAAGGUGCCGCCCUACGUCCUGGUGCUCAGUGCCUUCACCUCGUACCGCAUCCACUCGAUCUACGUGUUGCGUCUCUUCAACGAUCCGGUGGCCGUGCUGCUGCUCUACGCCGCCCUCAAUCUCUUCCUGGAUCGCCGAUGGAAUCUCGGUAGCAUUUUCUUUAGCCUGGCGGUGGGCGUUAAGAUGAACAUCCUGCUGUUUGCUCCGGCUCUACUCCUCUUCUAUCUGGCCAAUCUGGGACUCCUAAAGACGAUCCUGCAGUUGGCCGUUUGUGGAGGGAUCCAAGUGCUGCUGGGAGCUCCCUUUCUGCUCACCCACCCGGUGGAGUAUCUCCGUGGGAGCUUCGAUUUGGGCCGUAUCUUCGAGCACAAGUGGACGGUGAACUAUAGGUUUUUGAGUAGAGAGCUCUUCGAGAACCGAUCCCUCCACCUUUCCCUGCUGGGCCUCCAUCUGCUGCUCCUCGUGGCCUUUGCCAAGCCCACCUGGACCUUCUUCCAGAGCUACGUGCGGCUGCGCCGCAUUGAGGAUCAGCUGCAGCCGCAAAUAGAGCAGCAGAAUCGAGAGGUGAAGGCCCAGAAGAAGGCCAAGAAAGCGGAGAAGCACCAGGAUCAGAAGAAGUUCACCUCCGAACAGCAGUCCUUCCUGAAGGCCUUCGAAAGGAGCCUGCAAAAGGCGUCGGGAGCGAAGGCAGCUGCAGCUCCUGUCCAAACAGAACCAGAACGCUAUGGCAUCCACUUUGAUCGCUGCACUCAGCUGGCCCUGCUGCCCUUCUUCCUGGCCAACCUGGUGGGCGUUGCCUGCUCCCGAUCGCUGCACUAUCAGUUCUACGUCUGGUACUUCCACUCGCUGCCCUAUUUGGCUUGGUCCACGCCCUACUCGCUGGGCGUGCGCUGCCUCAUCCUGGGACUCAUCGAGUACUGCUGGAACACCUAUCCCAGCACGAACUUCUCCAGCGCUGCCCUGCACUUCAGCCACAUCGUCUUGCUGGCGGGAGUGGCCAAGCAGCUCAUCCAGACCAUGCGAUUGAACAAUGCGGCCAAAAAGGAGCAGCUGGAACAGCAGAAGAAGGUUCAGUAG